AUGGAGAAUCCUGUCGAGAGAGCAGUCAAUGAGGCAACUGCGGAUACACUCUAAAUGCCUGAUUAGAAACUAAUGAAAUAAGUAGCUGACCUUGUCAACCUAAGAGCAGAUUAAUCGAAAUUUGCAGUCUAGGCUAUUGGCAAGAGACUCAUGCAGCUUCGUAACGGCAAGGUGCAAGCCCUUACGAUGGAGCUCAUCGAAUAUCUUGCAUUCACCUGCGAAACACCCUUCUACACUUAGAUCGCCACCAAUGACUUUCUAUAAAGACUCAACACUCUCCUCAACCCAUAAAUGAAUGCCCAAAUGCAACAAAGAUUACUCUAAGUUAUAGCAGUACUCAAGUCACUUAUGCAAUCACACCAGGAUCUAUUUCCUGCCUUCUUCCAAUUUUUGCAAAAGAUCGCUCCCAAACAUCAAAUACCCAACAAUUACGAAAGCAAAUAUGCAGUACUCAGAAAGGCACAACCAGCAUACUCUUCAGGAGCAAGAGUCAACAGUUUAGGAUCUGGCAACUCCAAAAAUGAUAAACUUAGACGAGAUCUAGAAAUUGUUAAAUCCAACAUCACUUUGACCAAUGAAAUCAUUGAUAACGCAAAUCCAUAAGAAGAUGUAAGCAAAAACGAAAUCCUUAAAGACAUGACUACCACUUUGAGAGGAGUCGAAGAAAAGCUAAGAAAUUUAAUUACUGACAUGGGAAACAAUGAUGAGGGGUUGAUGAACUUUUGCUUAGAAUUGAAUGAUGACCUACUCAAAACUUUUACACGAUAUGAAGUGUUGAAGAAGCAUAAGAAACCAGAUCCUUUCAAACCUUAACCAGCAUAAUAACAAUAAUAACAAGUGCCUCAAUCACAAACUUAGCAACAAGGGCCCUUCCAAUAAUAAUAGACUCCUAUUAGCAUUUCUCCACCCAUGUAAGUACCAAGUCAACAAUAAUAAAUUCAACCACCUCCAUAACCAAAGCCUCAAUAAAUCGAUUUAUUAAAUUUAUUUGAAUACGAUCCAAAAACAGAAGCAUAAUAAAAAGGGCCAUAACCUACUUAAGCAGUUUAACCGGAAAAACAAUAAAACAUAAUUGAUCUGUUUGAAGUCGAUAUGUCAAAUCCUUUACCAUAACAACCACAACUGACAUCAACUGUUACUUAAUAAUAAUAAUCACAAGUUCCACCAAUGUCAUAAGUGCCACCAAUGUCUUAAAUUCCACCUAUGUAAUAAUUUGGAUAACCACCAAUACAAUAAUAGUAACUUUAUGGGCAACCUCCUAUUUAAUAAGUUUAAUAGCAAUCUAAUUAUUCUGCUUUGAACGCAUUUCCUCCUUAAUAAUAAUAUCCUCCUUAACAAUUAUAAUACCCCCCUUAAUAAUAACAAUACCCCCCUUAAUAAUAACAAUACCCUCCUUAAUAAUAACAAUAUCCUCCUUAAUAAUAACAAUAUCCCCCAUAAUAAAAUUUACAAUAAUUAUAUCAACAAUAAUAAUUUGGACAAUAGCAAACCAUGUAUUAAGCUUUCUAAUAGUAGCCAACUUAACCUGUUCCAUACUAAUAAGCUCAACCCUAUCAACAAUAAGGUUUCCCUCAAUAAUAAUAUCCAGUUAUUAGCAAUAUAUCUGCCCAAUAAAAGAAACCAGAAAACGAAUUUGACAAUAUACUUAAUUUGGCAGUAGGAUAAAAAUCAUAACCCUAGUAGCAAUAAUAAAAGUUAGACUUUAUUUGAUAUAUUUAUAGUUCAAAAAUAUAUAAUAUAAGACUAUUAUUGU